GGGGGAGGGGGUGUGUCGUCUGAUGCAGCUGCAGUGGCAGCGUCAACGACAACAACACUGGCAAACAGUAGCAAAGGGGGGCGGAACAAGUAACAACAACGUAUAGUGACAUUGCAGACUUACAAAAGACAUUUUCUAGUAGGUUUUCGGUUUAGUUGUGAGAAGAGCACUGCCAAGACACAAUGACUACCAAUAUGGAAUUGGGCAUUACAAAGUGGUGUGAAAGCAUAGAGUCUUCCAGUAAUUUUGAACGCUGGAUGGGUGAACUGCCAGACUGCUUAAAAUCCAUACCAAUCACUUAUUUGGCUAUACCAGGAACUCACGAUUCAAUGAGCUGUGGAAUUUCUAAGGCCUCAGGUAUUUCACCAGAUUCAACAGCCGUUGUUAAAGUCUUGGGAAAAUUCCUUGGACCAUUAGUGAAGCCGAUUGUUCUCAAGUGGUGUGUGACACAGCACAGAGCGAUGGAAGAGCAACUUAUUGCUGGAAUCCGGUACUUUGAUCUAAGAAUAGCUGUCCACAAACCUAGUGGUCAACUCCAAUUCGUGCAUGGGAUGUACGCCCAAGAGAUAACCCAGCCAUUCUUGGAAAUUAAAAAUUUCCUUUUAAGUCAUGAGCAGGAAAUUGUUGUUCUUGAUAUACAACAUUUUUAUGACUUUACCUGUGAAGACCACAAAAAACUUCAGAGCUUUUUUCACAACCACUUUGGAAAUAUGAUGUGUCCAUUAACCAUGGACAAACACAUUUCAGAGAUUACUCUGAGAUGGAUGAUCGAGCAACAUUAUCAAGUAAUUAUUAUUUACCGCGAUCGAAUGGGACAUGGAGAUUCUCAGCUGUGGCCCAGUCAAAGCUGGCCCACACCCUGGCCCCAGACAACUUCAGUUCAGAACAUGAUUUCAUUUUUACAGAAUGGGCUCUCUCAUCGGCCUUCAAAUGCAGGAUAUGUUACGCAGUGUGUAUUGACCCCCAAUGUGUGGUUUGUGAUUCGUCAUCCUCUUUCAAACCUGCUGAAUAAAUGUGCUGCCCCAUGUAAUUAUUCUAUUAUUUCAUGGCUGGAACAACAGCAACCUGGUCAAAAGGGUGUGAAUGUUGUCAUAACAGACUACUUUGAUUUUGACCCAGCCAAGUUUCCAUUUGUAAAAACAGUUGUCCUGCUGAACCGCAAACAUGAGCUGCAUUGUCACAUAUAGCAACUGGUAUUGCAGAUGAAGAUUAAAACAGUUUGUGCGUAAAUGCUCAAUCUCUUUGGAAAAUUGUAAUUGAAGCAUGUAGACCGACUUUUGCAUUUUCUUUGUGCAUGAAUUUUUUUAUAAAGUAUUAUAUUUAUUAAUUUUAAUGUUCAAACCAAAGCUUUGUACACACAUUAAUAUUUCAGGAUCUAAAAUUUUAUAAAUUUAAGUGGGUAUAGUAUUUUAAGUUCAAAACAAGCCAAAGCAACAAGUUAAAUUAGAUUGUAGUCACUUAGCCAUUGAAUCUAAUUAUGGAAUAUUAAGAUUGAUGUAGUGACUGGUAUAUUGUGAUAAAGCUGUUUUUUACAGUUUUCUUUUUUUAAUGUGAUGAUUUUAUGUGCUGUUUAAUUGUCAUUCCAAAACAGAUUGUUAUCUUAUGCCUCUGAUGUGUUUUUGUGGGCUUUGUGGCUGUGAGCUGUGAUAUAAGCCAGUUAGGUUUGGUUCACUUUGAGGUAUUUUAAACUAGUGCUUGCUGAUUCUUGCUAAUGAAAUGUGAUAAACUGGCUUACAAGUCGAUUUCAUGUUAAAAUACUGAAUGGUGUUUUGAUGCAUGUAUGUACUACCUUCACAAGAGGAAAGGAUUCGUCAAAUAAAAAAUGUUUUCCUCUUUUGA